CUUCAUACCCACACUGCCUCCUCCUCAGUUUCUCUCCAGGCCACCACGUCUGUAGGCAACGGCACCCCUUGGGGGUCAGCAGUGGGGGAGGAGGCCUGGGCUGGAUCAGGAGUGGCGGUGGAGGGCUCAGAGCUGCCCACCUUCUCGACAGCAGCCAAGGUCCGAGUGGGAGUGACCAUUGUGCUGUUUGUUUCUUCGGCUGGAGGGAACCUGGCCGUCCUGUGGUCAGUGACACGGCCGCAACCCAGCCAGCUCCGCCCCUCUCCGGUCAGGACACUCUUCGCCCAUUUAGCAGCUGCCGACUUACUAGUCACUUUUGUGGUUAUGCCCCUAGAUGCCACCUGGAAUAUCACUGUUCAAUGGCUGGCCGGGGACAUCGCAUGUCGGACACUCAUGUUCCUGAAACUAAUGGCCAUGUAUUCUGCAGCUUGCCUGCCUGUGGUCAUUGGACUGGACCGCCAGGCAGCAGUACUCAACCCGCUUGGAUCCCGUUCAGGUGUAAGGAAACUUCUGGGGGCAGCCUGGGGACUUAGUUUCCUGCUUGCCUUGCCCCAGCUGUUCCUGUUCCAUACCGUCCACCGAGCUGGCCCAGUCCCUUUCACUCAGUGUGUCACCAAAGGCAGCUUCAAGGCUCGAUGGCAAGCGACCACCUAUAACCUCUUCACCUUCUGCUGCCUCUUUCUGCUGCCACUGAUUGCCAUGGCCAUCUGCUAUAGCCGCAUUGUCCUCAGUGUGUCCAGCCCUCAGACAAGGAAGGGGAGCCAUGCCCCUGCUGGUGAAUUUGCCCUCCGCCGCUCCUUUGACAAUCGUCCCCGUGUUUGUCUCCGGGCCCUGAGACUGGCCCUGCUUAUCUUGCUGACCUUCAUCCUCUGCUGGACACCUUAUUACCUACUGGGUCUGUGGUACUGGUUCUCUCCCACCAUGCUAACUGAAGUCCCUCCCAGCCUGAGCCACAUCCUUUUCCUUUUUGGCCUCCUCAAUGCUCCUCUGGAUCCUCUCCUCUAUGGGGCCUUCACCUUUGGCUGCCGAAGAGGGCACCAAGAACUUAGUAUAGACUCUUCUAAAGAAGGGUCUGGGAGAAUGCUCCAACAGGAGAUUCAUGCCCUUAGACAGCAGGAAGUACAAAAAACUGUGACAUCAAGAAGUGCAGGAGAAACAAAAGACAUUUCUAUAACAUCUAUCUGAUCCUAACAGAGUAUACAGGAACAAAAUAAUAUAGUAUAGAAAUUCACAUAACCAACCCAGGCAACACAGCAAGACCCCAUCUCUACAAAAAUAUUAAAAAUUUAGCCGGGCAUGGUGGCAUGUGCCUGUAAUCCCAACUACUAGGGAGGGUGAGGCAGAAGGAUGGCUUGAGCCCAGGAGUUUGAAGCUGCAGUGAGCUAUGAUCACGCAGCUGCACUCCAGCCUGGGGAACACAGCAAGACUCUAUCUCAAAAAAAAAAAAAGAAAUAGAGUUCAGUCCCUAGAAUUAUCUUCACAAUGAUCCAUACAGCCUUACUAUGCUUUAGAACUUUCAAUUUUACGAUAGGAAAGUAAUAUUAAAUGUAGAAAACAAAAAUGGAACAUUUAUUCGCAACUCAAAUAGUAUGCAUAUAGGGUAAGAGAUUAAAUAUAAACACAGCAAGUUCCACCCCAGUCCUAUUUGUCCAAGGCUGCAUGGUCAAAUGGAAUCUUGAAGAGAACACCUGGACAACAGAGGACCUGUCAGCGACGUCUCCGGUCUGGACUUCUGCUGCGUCUUCGGCCUCCUCUAGGGAAAAAGAAGCAGGGAGAAGAGUCCAUUAGAGGGACAUAAUACUACGUCCUCAUUCUGUUUUGUUCAUAUUCCCUUCACCCAGUGUUUGCCCUCUUCAUUUUACCUCCUCUUGCCUUUUGGUGGACCCCGAACAAAACACCAGUCAACGCUGAUGGGCUGUCCCAUCAAAUCCUGGCCAUUGAGUCCCUCCAUAGCAGCCUGGGCCUCCUUGUAUGUUUCAUACUCAACUAGAGUAUACCCCUGGGGAAAGUAAAAAGACAGAUAUGAAAACCCUCCUAUUUCCCCAAGCAGCACUGAGUAUCUUUUUCCUCAAAUCUAAACUCAGAAAAAUCUAUAAAAUUUAAGCAAUGAAUGUACAUCAUGUAUCUCUGUAUAUAUACAACAUGUCUGUCUCUUUGGCGUGUCUGACAAAACAUAUCCAUGUUUUAAAUGUCAUUUUAUUUUAACUUUGCUCUUGGCCAACCACAGCAAACACAGAACUACCAAUGCUGUCUAAGGGUUAUGAAAGAAAGGAGGCAAUAAAGUGUCACUUAGGAUACCU